AUGGUCAAGAUCGGCGAGCUCGAGAGAGGCUGUUUCACCGGAGCGGGCAAGCUGGACCAGGCCAUGCUCCAGUUCAGAAACAGAUGGAGACUAGAUGACAGGGCCUUGGCGAAGUUCGUCGAGGUGGUCCACCCUCGCGACCAGAAAACGGAGGACAUGGCGCAGCUCGAUAGAUUGCUAAAGGGCGCCGCCAACCCUUCGCAAGCCAUACUGCCCAUGCUCAAUCACCUGAAGUCCACGGGAGAUCUUGAUGAGCUCAUCCGUGAGCAGCGGUCAAGCGAGCGGGAUCGCGAUAGAGAUCGCAAAGCUCGGUACAGCUCCAAGUCUCGGUCACGGUCAAGGUCAAGGUCACGCCGCCGGCGAUAG